AGCUCAAUACCAUCAACAAUCCCUUCCUUCACGUCCCCAUCCAACUCUCUCUAAUAUGGCCUCUGGUUCAGGCCAAUCCUUCUUUGGACCUCAUCUCGUCCGAGACCUGAAAAUCCUCUCAUGCCUGCUUGUUCCCGUGUUCCUGGAGACCCUUGAUUACACUCUUAUAUCCGAAGGGCAAACACAUAUUGCCUCGGCCUUCAAUGCGUUGAACUUGCAAAGCUGGAUAGGAACGUCAUAUCUCAUCACCAACUGCACGUUCUUGCCUCUAUAUGCGGCUACCGCUGUCAUGUUUGGGCGCUUUGCCGCCAUGCAAGUCGCACUUUGGUCUUUCCUCCUCGGCAGCAUAAUCUCUACCGUAGGGGAAAGUAUGGUGGUGGUUGCCGUAGGUCGAGGCAUUCAGGGCGUCGGAGGAGCGGGAUUCUUGAUGGUCGUUCAAAUCAUCCUCGCGGACAGCGGCCUCAACACAAGCCAGCCACAUGUCUUGGUUAUGUAUGCUAUAGCAUUCGUUGUUGGACCGGUGAUUUCCGGACCUCUCGUUGAAGAUAACUUUAGGUGGUUCUUCGGUAUCAAUCUCAUCUGCUUGGCCGUCGGUAUCCCUCUUUCGUUCGUUUUCCUACGCAAAAUGGCAAAGAAAGGCGACCCCAUCCCCCGUCUUCCUACGUCGACUCAAGAGAACUACUCCAUCUUCGAGAAGCUCGUUCUCGUAGAUUGGCUUGGGAUUGCCCUUAUGUUCCUGUCGUCACUCUGCAUUGUUCUCGCGCUCAGCUACGGACCCUUUGACGCAUGGAAGUCGGGGCGGUUCAUCGCUAGCCUCGUGCUGGGGAUCAUUCUUUUCUUUGCUACCAUUGCAUGGGAGUGGGUUCUUCUCCGUGCUCGACAGGACCCGACCAGGACGUCGACCCUCGCCGUCAUGUUCCGCGCUCUGCCGCUCGAAGCGUUCAAGCAUCCCAACGUUAUCGCGAUUCAGUUUGGCAACCUCUUGUCCGGCAUGUCUAUGUACCAGUCCUUCUACUUCGUCGUCAUCUUCGGUGCGCUGGGCCAGGGACGCUCGAUCAACAGCGUCAGUAUCCAAAUCCUGUUCUACGUUCCGGGCAUGUUCGUCGGAUCUAUCAUCACGAGACGGCUCAUGUCACUCACGCAUCAGCCUAAAUAUCCAGCCAUGAUUGGCUUGGUUGCGAUUGUCAUUGGCUCCAUCAUUGGCGGAAUCGGUGCUCAGAAGGACAGCAAUGCCUACAUCGAUGCCUCUCUCGCCCUCUUCGGUCUCGGAGGUCAGCUGACCAUCGGCCCGUUGAUUGCACUCAGCAGAGCCGUCGAGGGUGACCUGCGCCCACGAGUCCUAGGCUUGCUUCCAUUCUUCCGCUCCCUCGGCGGUCUCAUCGCCCUUGCGCAGUCGUUUGCGAUCAUGAACGCCAAAGUGCGCUCCUACCUCGCGCACGCGGCCACAGACAGCAGCGCGUACUCGGCCUUCGACCGCAUCUUCUUCCACAACCUCUCGACGAACGACGGCGUGCACUCGCUCGAACAGAUAUCGCAGCUGCCGUCGACGGUGCAGGGCGUGGUUGAGCAGGCGUAUAGGUUUGGGGUGCAUUGGACGUUCUUUGCGCUUAUUCCGUGGGCGGGGCUUGCGUUGGUGCUUUCGCCGCUGAUGCAGAAGGUGCCGUAUCCGCCGCCUGAGAGCGCUGUGGAGGGCCAGCAGGCCCACGGCGAGAAGCCAGAGGUGGCUACGAGUGAGGGUACGCCUGGGUCUUCAGUCUCGCAGAGUGCGAAUGAGCAGUUUGCUCCGCCUGCUCGGUGAGAUUGGGGGUGUUUAAGAGACGACCAUUGAUGAUAUAGACAUGGACGAUCAAGUUGUCGACCUUUGCAUGCUGUUUUUGUUUGAUGGGAGGGUGAUCAUUGGACGUUUUUGCAUAGGAUACCACGAGCUUGUCGUACUACUUUACCUUACUCUUCUUGCUAAUGCUUGCUUGUUUACACCGCC